CCUUUCCGGCGGUGACGACCUACGCACCCGAGAACAUGCCUGUGAGUGCUUUGGUCCAGGUUUCGGCGGAGAUCUCGCUGUUCUGUCCGAACUCUCCCCUCACGCUGAUUUCGGAUCGUAGAGGGUCCUCAUUUACCCACUGCACUUCUUAGGACAUUAACUCCAGGGACCGCAGCGGCCCACGGGCCACCCGCAUAGACGGGAGCGGAGAGGAGAUAAGAUGGCGGCCCAGCUGCGCAGACACCAGGGGCGGCGAGGGGCGAGCUCUCCCCGCUCGCAAAGGAUCUCCUUCAUCCCUCUCCAGAAGAGGAGAAGAGGAAACACAAGAAGAAACGCCUGGUGCAGAGCCCCAAUUCCUACUUCAUGGAUGUGAAAUGCCCAGGAUGCUAUAAAAUCACCACGGUCUUUAGCCAUGCACAAACGGUAGUUUUGUGUGUUGGCUGCUCCACUGUCCUCUGCCAGCCUACAGGAGGAAAAGCAAGGCUUACAGAAGGAUGUUCCUUCAGGAGGAAGCAGCACUAAAAGCACUCUGAGUCAAGAUGAGUGGGAAACCAUCUCAAUAAACACAUUUUGGAUAAAUCCUG